UCACGUAAGAGAGGAACUAUGACAGCAGGAAAUCUAUAAAGACGGAACAAUUGCCACCUACGGUACAUAGCAUAAAAAAGAAAGAAGCUUAAAUACUGCAUACUAAAAAAAAAGAAGAUUUCAUACAAAAAAGCAAGUAAACACAAUGUGGAAAUCGUCUGCGGGACACAAUGUCACAGUGGCUGAUGUUGCAGGAGGUGAUGACUGGGAAACUGAUCCAGAUUUUGUGAAUGAUAUAACAGAAGAAGAGCAGCGGUGGGGGGCAAAAACCAUACAAGGAUCUGGUCGUCCACAGCAUGUAGACAUAAAGGAAUUAAGAAGCAAUGUAUCUAAAGAGCACGAGCAACUGAAGAAAAAAGAAUUUGAGCAAGGCCCCAAAGCAUCUUAUGGAUAUGGUGGACAAUUUGGAACAGAGAGAGACAGGAUGGACAAGACUGCACUGGGGCAUGAUUACAGGUCAGAUGUGGUGAAGCAUGCCUCUCAGACAGAUGCAGCUAAAGGUUUUGGUGGGAAAUACGGUGUCCAGAAGGAGAGAUGUGAUAAGUCUGCAGUUGGUUAUGAUUAUAAGGGUCAAACAGAAAAGCAUUCAUCACAGCAAGAUCACUCCAAAGGUUUUGGAGGACGUUUUGGGGUUCAGACUGACCGUGUGGACAAGUCUGCCUUAGGAUUCGAACAUAAGGAGCAGUUAGAGAAGCAUUCAUCCCAGCAAGAUCACUCCAAAGGUUUUGGAGGACGUUUUGGGGUUCAGACUGACCGUGUGGACAAGUCUGCCUUAGGAUUCGAACAUAAGGAGCAGUUAGAGAAGCAUUCAUCCCAGCAAGAUCACUCUAUAGGAUUUGGGGGGAAAUUUGGGGUACAAAAAGAUAGACAAGAUAAAUCCGCUCAUACCUGGAGUCACAAAGAACAAGUACAGCUUCAUGAAUCUCAGACAGACUAUGCAAAAGGGUUUGGAGGUCGUUAUGGUGUGCAGACUGACCGUGUGGACAAGUCUGCUUCAGGCUUUGGUAACAUUGAUUCACCUAGCUCUGCCUAUGAGAAAACACAGCCCCUGGAAGCCAUGACAAGUGGAGCUCAGAAUCUAAGAUCUCGUUUUGAGAAUAUGGCUAAAGUGUCAGAGGAGGAAAAUCGCCAGAAAGCAGAGGAAGAGAGGGCCAGGAGACAGAAGAAAGAUGAGAAGGAACGAGAGGCACAAGUAAAUAAGGAGUCUCAAUGUAAGUCAGACAUUGAUCAGUCUCAGAAGCAGCCAGUUCCAGCCCCUGUCCCAAUUCCUCGUAUUUCUGUGACCCCACAAACUCCGGAAAAAGAAGAUUCUGAGUAUGAGGCACCUCCAGCUCUUCCACCCAGACUCCCUGAAAUGAGGAUUGAUACUGUCUCCACUCCAGAGGAAAUAUCUAUUCAGGAUGACACUUAUGAAGACAUUUCUGUGCCUCCCCCCGAUACAGAAGAUGAUUAUGAGGCCAUUCCAGAUCCACCACCAAGGCUGGAGGAAGAGGAAAACGAUGAAGGGUAUGAAAUAAUGGACCCCUCAGUUCCUCAAGAGGUUUGCUUAUAUGAAGAAUUACCACAGGAGAGGGAAAAAGAGCUUUCUAAACACAGUGGUCAAAUGGGAGCCUCAGGGAUAAGUGCAAUCGCCUUGUAUGAUUAUGAAGAAGGUGGUGAUGAUGAGAUCUCAUUCCAACCUCAGGAUCUUAUCACAGAUAUUGAGAUGAUUGAUGAAGGCUGGUGGAGUGGAUCCUGCAGAGGGCAACGCGGGCUCUUUCCUGCUAAUUAUGUGGAGCUUAUCCAGUAAAGCAUUGAAUUUGCUGUUAACAUGCUGUAAAGGGUGAUUCUCAAACACGGUAUAGAGCUUUGCAAGAAAUGAAGAUCCCAAGUGUGAAAUAUGUGAACAUAGAAACGUAGUAUAUGGAAGGAAAUGGUGAAGAAUGUACAGCUUCACCCCAAACCACUAACAUGCACUUUUAAUAAAGAAGCAAAUUCCUACUUUGCUAUUAUUAUUACUACCUGUAAUCAUCUUAACUGCGGGCUUCAAUAAUCCAUCUGAAUAAAGUUUUAAACUUC